UUGUGUGUUUGAGGAAAACGAAACUGAACUUAAUGAUGCGGUUUAGUUAAAUAACGCAGCCGCAGUCGAAGCAAUUUUCCGGAGGCAAACUGUGUCUGUGCACAACCUGCGCUUGGAGUCAGAUUACAAGUGCAGUUUGCAGCAUAUUCUAGCCUUUGGAAAAUCACAUUGCAUUGAAUCCUGCAUUAUUGAUCCUUGGAAGAUAUUGUGAAAAAUGCUGCACCUGGUUUACACCGUGUUGCUCUUAUCUGCUGCUUUCAAUACAGGUUCAAGCCUACCUUCGUUUAACAUAGAUUGGUCGACAGUUGCCUGGAUUGCUGGAGGUGCAGUUACUGCAGUGGUUGCUGCCCCACUUGCUGUCGGGGCACUUGGGUUCACUGCCGCUGGAAUAACAGCUGGAUCUGCGGCAGCAAGUACGAUGUCCGCGUUUGCUGCUAUGAAUGGAGGAGCGACAGUGGCUGGUGGUGUUGUGGCAACUUUGCAGUCUGCCGAUUGGUCGACAGUUGCCUGGGUUGCUGGAGGUGCAGUUACUGCAGUGGUUGCUGCCCCACUUGCUGUCGGGGCACUCGGGUUCACUGCCGCUGGAAUAUCAGCUGGAUCUGCGGCAGCAAGUGCGAUGUCCGCGUUUGCUGCUAUGAAUGGAGGAGCGACGGUGGCUGGUGGUGUUGUGGCAACUUUGCAGUCUGCCGGUAUGAUUUUAUGCUUUUUAUUAUGGCACCCUUUGUUCCAAAGUCUUUCCAGAUUAUCCAUUUUGCCGGACAAACUGAGGUCACGUUAUAAUGAUACAACAAUGUACCUCUGACCCACUCAUUAUUCCUCUCCCAUGUCAGUGUAUCAUCAUGGACUGCCAGAAACCUAAAUAAAACAAAUAUUAAAUGUGUUUAUGCUUGACACCACGACUGUCACUUGGACCAUGGUUCUAAUCCAUAGCUACUGUU